GCAAUGGGUCUGCUGAAGGUUCUGCUACUGCUGGGGCUGGGUGUUUCAGUAAACUCAGAUGUUUCUCUGCAGAAGAGAAUCAUUGGAGGUCGAAACUGUGAUGAGAGCGAGCGUCUUUAUCAUGUUCGGCUGGAGAGCAGCAAUGGUACUCAUAUGAGCCGCUGUGGAGGAUCUCUGAUCCACCCUCAGUGGAUCCUGACUGCAGCUCSSUGCUGGAAGCMAGGAUGGACUAACGUAGCAAUGUUAAAAGUUCAUCCACGGACGGUUAUACAUUACAAUCAGGUAAUCCGACACAAUCCUGUGAUCUAUAUCCGCGGCAACCGGCGUCAUGACAUCAUGUUACUGAAGCUUCAUACACCAGUAACAGAUGUCCCAGUUGCUCAGCUACCAAACUGCAGGCGUCGUCUUAAAGUAGGCGAUACUGUUCAGCUGGCAGGAGAGGGAGCAACGACAACCGGCCCCAAUAAUCAGCGAUUGAUAAUUUCUGCUAUUCCAGCAAAUCUUCAGUGUGUCGACAUGAACAUUGUUGCUGCUUCCCUCUAUGUGCUGCCAUAUGGGCAUAUAUUCCGUGYCGAAGCACCGAACAAGGAUAUAUGCUAUGGCGACUCUGGUGGAGCAGCGAUGUACAACGGCAAUAUUUAUGGUGUGAUUGCUCUUGGUGGAGAAGACGCAUGUCAGAGUUCAGUUGAAAUCUUGGAUGUGUGUGAAUACAAGGACUGGAUUAGAAGUAAAAUUUUCCGUGGACCAUAAACUAUCAUGAAAUAAAAUUAUCAAAUAUCCUCUCACAUAUAAUUUUAAAAUUGUAUCUACAUCAGUUUGAUCCACGUUUGUAGAAUUARAAUAAAUUGUUUGGAUUUUUCUCACCUGAUCUUCACCUCCCUAAUGGAGCUUUCUCUUCACCUCAGAAAUGAAAAAUAAAUCAAUAAAUGCAUGAAAAGAAACA